GCGAGAGGCUGACAAGAGAGUCGGAGGCGCCAUCCGCUGCCAACCGUCGCGCAGACCCUGCCGGAGCCGCCGCCGCUAUGGACGAUCGAGAGGAUCUGGUGUACCAGGCGAAACUGGCCGAGCAGGCCGAGCGAUACGACGAAAUGGUGGAGUCAAUGAAGAAAGUAGCAGGAAUGGAUGUGGAGUUGACAGUUGAAGAAAGAAACCUACUGUCAGUUGCAUAUAAAAAUGUGAUUGGAGCCAGAAGAGCAUCCUGGCGGAUAAUCAGCAGCAUUGAACAGAAAGAAGAAAACAAGGGAGGAGAAGACAAGCUAAAAAUGAUUCGGGAAUAUCGGCAAAUGGUUGAGACUGAACUAAAAUUAAUCUGUUGUGACAUUCUGGACGUACUGGACAAACACCUCAUUCCAGCAGCAAACACUGGCGAGUCCAAGGUUUUCUAUUAUAAAAUGAAAGGGGACUACCACAGGUAUCUGGCUGAAUUUGCCACAGGAAAUGACAGGAAGGAGGCUGCAGAGAAUAGCUUGGUGGCUUAUAAAGCUGCUAGCGAUAUCGCAAUGACAGAACUUCCUCCAACGCACCCCAUCCGUUUAGGGCUUGCUCUCAACUUUUCCGUAUUCUACUAUGAAAUUCUUAAUUCCCCUGACCGUGCCUGCAGGUUGGCAAAAGCAGCUUUUGAUGAUGCAAUUGCAGAACUGGAUACGCUGAGUGAAGAAAGCUAUAAGGACUCGACACUUAUCAUGCAGUUGUUACGUGAUAACCUGACACUAUGGACUUCAGAUAUGCAGGGUGAUGGUGAAGAACAGAAUAAAGAAGCGCUGCAGGAUGUGGAAGAUGAAAACCAGUGAGAAAGACAUCAAAGCCAACAAGAGAAUCCAUCUCUGACCACCCCAUUCCUCCCCAUCCCUCCCCCUGAAAAUUUCCCAUUGUCACUGAGAACCACCAAAUCUGACUUUUACAUUUGGUCUCAGAAUUUAGGUUCCUGCCCUGUUGGUUUUUUUUAAAAAACACUUUUCAAAGUUCUUAAAGGCAAGAGUGAAUUUCUGUGGAUUUUACUGGUCCCAGCUUUUAGGUUCUUUAAGACACUAACAGGACUGCAUAGAGGCUUUUUCAGCAUUACUGUAUUGUCUCCGUGCUAGAUGUGGCAAGAUAACCAUUAGACAUGGAUAUUACAUUGGAAUGCCAUUAGACUUCUAGGUGAAGCGAGAGUCUAGGAGAGAGGUUUAUCGCACUGUAGGGCGCAUGUGGUGGCAUUUUUCCUUUUUAUAAUUGUUUAAACCGAAUUUUAUACCAAUGUUUAAAAUUAAUUGGGUGUUUAGCUUGAAGUUACAGGUUGCGUUGGAACGUUUAUUGUAGUGGUUUUGCUGUAAAAAGUGUUUCCAAACUGUGCUGAAAUGGUGCUGGUAACAGCCCAACAAUCCGUGGCUGCUCAUUCUUGCCGACUUUGACCUUCCCUCACAGCAGGUUAGCAUUGAAGGUGGUAUUGAAAAGCCUGCAUGCGUGUUCAAUUCUUUGGGUUUUCUCCUUCCCUUUUCCCCUUCUUCCCCUUUACUCCCUGCCCUCCUUCGCUCGCUCAACCUCUUUCGUUCAGUAUGUGUAACUUGAAGCUAAUUUGUACUACUGGAUAUCUGACUGGAGCCACAGAUACAGAAUCUGUAUUGUUCUUACUGAAACACAGCAUGGAAUUAACAUUAAACUUAAAUAAAACAAACCUAAAUUAAAAAAAAAA